CUGGGCAGGGCCGGGCCGGGCUGGGCUGGGCAGGGCCGCCGGCGGGCGCGGGGCUGGCGGGAGCGGCUGCCCGGCGCGGUGCCCCGGCCCGGGGUGAGCAUGGUGCCCUAGUGCUGGGGCUAUGUCGGAGGCGGCCCGGAGCCUCCUGCAGCGCUGGGGCGCCAGCUUCAGGAAGGGCACAGACUUCGACUCCUGGGGGCAGCUGGUGGAGGCGAUCGACGAGUACCAGAUAUUAGCAAGGCAUCUACAGAAGGAGGCACAGUCUCAGCACAACAACUCGGAAUUCACAGAAGAUCAAAAGAAAACCAUAGCUAAAAUUGCAACAUGCUUGGAACUGAGAAGUGCAGCUUUACAGUCCACCCAGUCACAGGAUGAAUUUAAGCUGGAGGAUCUGAAGAAGUUGGAACCAAUCUUAAAGAAUAUCCUCACUUACAAUAAGGAGUUCCCCUUUGAUGUUCAGCCUGUCCCACUCAGGAAGAUUUUAGCACCUGGAGAAGAGGAACACUUGGAGUUUGAGGAGGAUGAUGAGGAAGGAGGAGCUGGAGCAGGGUCUCCAGACUCUUUUCCUGCUAGAGUUCCAGGAGCCAAUGAAGGUACUUUAUUACCCAGAUUGCCAUCUGAACCCGGGAUGACAUUACUCACCAUAAACAUAGAGAAAAUCGGUCUGAAAGAUGCUGGGCAGUGUAUUGAUCCUUACAUCACUGUCAGUGUGAAGGAUUUGAAUGGGAUAGAUCUGACUCCUGUGCAAGACACUCCUGUGGCUGUGAGGAAGGAGGACAUGUAUGUCCAUUUUAACGUGGACAUCGAGAUUCAGAAACACAUUGAAAGACUAACAAAAGGUGCAGCUAUUUUCUUUGAAUUCAAACACUACAAGCCUAAGAAAAGGUUUACCAGCACCAAGUGCUUUGCUUUCAUGGAGAUGGAUGAAAUUAAACCUGGGGCAAUUGUUAUAGAACUGUACAAAAAACCCACUGACUUUAAAAGGAAGAAACUGCAGCUGUUGACCAAGAAACCACUUUACCUUCACCUCCAUCAAACACUGCACAAGGAAUGACCCGCCCUAGUCAUGAGACUUCUGUGAACUGCACCACCGGUCGCGGUAGCUGUGUGUAGUAGCCUUCGCAGGGCAGGAGAAUGACUAAUCAUGCCAGUAGGUCAGAAGGGACCAUCACACACUGCACAGUACUACUUCAGGGUCAGGGGCAAGCCACCCUUCCAGUGCAAGAUUAGUUUCUCAGUAUCUUCCAGAUCCAGGUUUUUCUGAGAGCCCUGAAAUAUUUGACUGCUUUUCCUAAUUUUUGCUGUUUAUCACUUUUUAUCUUAACCGUUAUCCUUUUGCCUCAAACUCCACCUAAGGAUGGAGACUGCCCCUUUGCCAAACCUGUAGCAAUAAAGAUGUGGCAGGCCUACUAACUGUUUACACUUGCUGUGCUAUUGUAGUUCCUCUCAUCUGCAUUUUGGAGUCCUCUGUAGUGGGCUGGGUGGGAGAAGACCAAAAGGAAGGUGAGGUGGGGUGGGAAAAGGAGCUUGAGGUGCUGCACGUGCUUAAAGAUGAGAGAGAGGAGGACGCUGGUCCAAGUGGGGUGGCCACAGAGGAGCUCCACAGGCAGUGGUUCUGCUUUGGUCAGGCCAGGAGGACAACUGCAGAUGAGAACAAACAACUGCAAUUGAACAGCCUUGCCUGAUCCACUCGUGCUGAGCUCUGGGUACCUGUUACAGUCCUUUAAUUCACUGUUACUCCCUCAUAGAGCUGAUUCUUCUGUAUCUCGUCACAGAUUUUCAAAGGUAGUGGGGGAUGGAGAGAGGCGGUCACCAGUUCAGUGCCAGCAGCAGAGCUUUUUGGUACAGCAGGCCUGGCUGGCAUGUGGUCCCACCUUUGACAUGAAACUGCUGUUCUUGGAGAAACUGUAUGCAGUUUUCUGCCUGUUUUGUGCAAGUCUGGAAACUUAACUCUAAAAAUUACCUUUUAAUGGAAGUAGACAGGAUUAUCAUUUAUUUUCUGUAUUUGGGAUUUGGUGUGUAAUAAGCUGCAGGACAUUGGCUUAUUAUGGCACACUUGCAUUCAGUUUUUGACCUAAUAAAGGGACAGAAGUAGAACCCA